UUGACAAUGUAUGAUCAUGCCGAUUUUGUUACAACUUCGCGCCACACAGAUGAGGGGUUAAGUGCCGUGCCAGCCCCUACGCACGAUGCUGCAACCGUGAUCCAUACUCAAUGCGUUCCCGAUGUUCCACAAAUGCUCUCAUCCCAAUCCCAUGUUCCCCCAAGGUUCUGGUCCAAGUAGGUGCCGUUAUUCGUGCGCAUAUCCAAUCUGACAUCAGUUCUAGAUAUGAAUCAAACUCUGGAGCUACCGACGAAACGACGAGCGUCGUGCCAGCUCCUGUUGGCUUUGACAUGCAGCCUUCCGCGUCUGGAAGUCAUGCGGCAGACCCUGUUAUUAUUGCCGAUGAAUCAGACGCAUCAUCUAUAUCAGAAAUCUCUAGGCCGGUAAUGGGAGUCCCGACGAUGGAGAAAGAUCAGAGGGGAAUGGAUAAAGGAGAGGCAGAGUUAAGAAGGGACGCGGCGAACAGGGAGGCAGAGAAAUUGGAGACAGAAAGAAUGGAGAUGCAGAAAACGGAGUCGGCAACCAAGGAGGCGGAGAGAACGGAAGUCGAAAGAAUGGGGAUGGAGAGACAUGAGUCGGUGACCAAGGAGGCAGAAACAAAGAAAGAGCCACGUGUUUCUCCAGCCGCGAAUGCCCAUAAACUUCUCCGAAUGGAGCGAAAGCUUAACAACAAAGAUCUCGUCAUGGGCUGGUACAAGUCCGCGAACUCAGCAGAGCUUCGGUAUCCGCACGAUUGCAUAGCACCCAAGAUCGGUGAUGUCUAUGUCCACUCAUGCAAGAAAGAGGGACACCCGAGGUUUCAGCUAUGGGUGCGACAGAUUAGCCGUGGGAUGACCAUCUGGGUCAAAGCACAUAUUUUCCACAUACACCCCAAAUUACUCGAUCGCAGAUUAACACUGGUAACGACAGGAGAACCUUACUGGACGACGAGACAUUCGCUUUCGGCUACGGGAAAUCGGGAGAGAGCUGGCAAGAUUGCAGAAAUGAUUAUAUAUUGACUAGCCAGGUGGCUUGGUCCUGCACACGAUACUACUUUACGGACCCGGUCAAUAAUGCAAUACUACAACACUACUACCUCAGGCUGCAGGCAGCCUAGGAUCCUUGUGCAAUUACUGUUGACUUACUGCGAGAGUUCCUAGGUGC